AUGGCGGCCAGACGUGUUAUGGCGAUCUCCGAUAUUAUUGCACCAUUAUUUGAUAAAUCUCGUAAAGAAAUAGUUAAUUCAUCAACUAUCGGUAUUGAUUUUCUUGGUAAUGCUUUAAGCAACGAUCUUAUUUACGAGGGCACACGUUUGAAAUGGUGCAAUGACUUAGACUCUCAGGCGUUUGUUGCCGAAGUGCUUGACCUAAACGGGAAAUGGUGUUCUCCUGGAGGUGGGUCUGAAAGGUUCACAAGCUCCAAUGCGGAACUAACUUUGACGUGGUAUUCAGGCAAGCAAAACACUUUAUUAUUUCAAGGCAAAGAUGGCAACCUAAUUCGGGAUGGAUGUGUCAAAUUCUGUCAGACACGGGACGGUGUUAUGAAGUCGAGUUGUAAACAAGUGCAAGCCCUGUCGAAAAAUUCAGAGUUACAGCGGGAUCUCAUUGCUCCAAAUAUUUUGGAAUCUGAGCCUACAUCUAUAUCGAGACCGGCCAACCAAGUUGAUGUUGCAUCACAGGUAUGUCUAGACAUUAUAGGAGAUAAUUCCAACUAUUUGUCGAACUGUCGCUGUUCGUGUGGCGUUCUAGCUGCUGACGUUGAGGGAGUUAAAUUAGAUAUUACUAUCCUAUCUAACAGAAUCGAUUCGAUUGCAAAUGCUAAUACUGAAUAUUCUCACAAAGAUAAAGAAAUUGAUCGUCUUCGAAGUGAACUAUCGAUUGAGAAGGCGAGAUCUGAAAAGCUUGAAUCUGAGUUGAGUUUGUUUGUGAAAGAACGAUCCCUUGAAAUUGAAAAGUUGAAUCAGACUAUUGUUUCCCUAGAGAAUAAAAUAAUUGAGCAUGAUAAAUCUAAUGCCUCCCUAAAAUUAUUCAUUGACAUUGAUCAGCAGAGAAUUUCCAAACCUCAAAUCCCUGAGCAAAGUAAUUACAAACAAAGUGUAUCUCCAUUUGCUGCUCCAAUGAAUAAUAACAAUAGUAAGAUUAAUAAAAACACACUUAUGAACAAAAACAACAGAAAUGGUCACCGAAACAAUGGUCAUCAUAACAACAGUGGGUUAAAUCAAUGCAAAUCUCAAAACGUCAGUUUACAACCUUUCAUCUCUGUUCCUGUAAAUAAUGGGGACCCUGAAAGUGUGCCGUUUUACGAUACUAAUAGGGACUUACAAAACAAGGCACUACAAAUCAAUCAAAUUGCAAAUAUGCCCGAAAAGCAACCAAUAUCGGAUUGGAUUGGUUCCCUACCGUUAAUAGAGAUACCUAUCCAAGCGAAAAAUAACCAACAUAUUAAUAGAAAUACCUCGAACAAGCUUCCUUUUCCCAAGCGCCAUCGAACGAAACCACCAUCCUAUCGAACGGGCCAUCGCCACCAAUCCCUCGAAUGGCUGAGCCAUUUGGACAUUGUAUACCAACUGUGCAAGAGGUAGGAAACGUGACGACUAUGUCUAUUCCUACACGAAUUACUGCACGCAAAUCCCAACCAUUUUUUACAACUUACCAAAAUCACCAUAGACCUUGUGGCUCUGACAUACGAAAUAUGAAAAAUAUUGUCAUACACAAACCUAAUGCCUGUAUUACAAAGUCUGUAAUGUCUUCAACAUCAACUUUAAAAAUAGGAAACAAUUUUCAAAAUACUAGGCUCAAAAUCGCUCAUCUAAAUAUCCGCUCACUUAAAAGCAAUACACAUCUUACCCAACUCAGAGAUUUGGCGCGUAGAGAAAAUUUUGACAUUUUAACAAUAUCUGAAACAUGGCUAAACACCAGUGUUUCGUCUGCCGAAGUAAGGAUAGACGGAUAUAAUCUUUUCAGAUUGGAUCGUCUAAAUAAACGCGGCGGUGGUGUAUGCACGUACGUUCGCAAAGAACUUAAAUCAUCUGUUUUAAAAUCCUUAACUUUCAUUUCCGAAGAAAAUUUCCAUCAACUAUGGAUAAAUGUCCAGUGCCAGAAAUUUAAGUCGCUCAUAAUUUGUGUAGCCUACCGACCACCUGACUGUCCUCUGCACUGCUUUGAACAUACAUUAAAACCAAAUUUCAUGGAAGCUCUUGUAUUAAACAAAUCAAUCGUGAUCCUAGGUGAUCUAAAUUGUGAUGGAUUAAAGGAUAAUUGUGUAGAAUAUAAAAUUAUGGAUAGAUUUUUAAAUGAAAUGAACCUCACUCAACUUAUUAAAUCGCCAACGAGGAUCACUGAUGCAACUCAAUCAUUGCUAGAUGUUAUCCUAGUGUCGUCGAAGUCAAUAGUGUACCGAAGUGGAGUAUUGCUUACAUCAAUCAGUGACCAUCUACUUGUGUAUGCUGAACUUAAGAUUAAGUCUCCUAAGCAACCUUCGCAAUACAUUACAGCACGAAGCUUUAAAAAUUAUGUACCGAAUUAUUUUGCAGCUGAUCUUGCGGACAAAUCAGAUUGUCUCCUAUCUAUUUUUGACGGCGACGAUGUAAAUGCUAAACUAAACAUUCUUAACUAUGCGAUCCAGUCUACACUAGACGUUCAUGCUCCAAUUAAAACAAUUAACAUCCGUAACCGACCAUGCCCAUUUAUUACCCAAGACCUCAGAAACCUUACGAAAGAGAGAGAUCGAUUACAUCAACGAUUUCUACGUACGCGGGAUAUUAUAGACUGGGUCAAUUAUAAGAGCUACCGCAAUAAUGUGAAGAGAGAUCUUAAGAAGGCGGAGAAUGAGUAUAACUCUAAUGAAGUACGGCAACAUAAAGAUAAUCCGGGGUCUCUAUGGAAAAUAGUAAACCGUCUUAUACCAUCAAAAGGAAAAGAAAGACAAAUCUAUAAAGGAGACCAUAAAUCUCUUGCAAAUGAUUUCAAUCAGUUUUUUUCAUCGGUUGGUGAAAAUGCAGCAAGGGCGUCUUCUCAUCUAGCAGAUACUAACAACAUCAAUCUACGAGAAUCAAUCGAAUCAGUCGUUAUAACUGAAAUCGACCAAUUUAAGUUUAGAGCCGUAACUUGCCACGAAGUACGUCGAGUAGUUUUAUCGUUACCUCUCAAUAAAUCAUCUGGUCCGGAUAAGAUUAACCCACGGAUCAUAAAAGACUGUCUUCCGGUCAUUUUGGGUCCUUUAACGGAAAUUAUAAAUUGUUCCCUCCGUACUUCUACUUUUCCUCUGGCAUGGAAAAAGGCAGAACUUAUUCCUAUUCAUAAAGAAGGUGACCACGAAGUACCCUCAAAUAAUCGACCAGUUUCCCUUCUUGUAGUCGCAUCUAAAGUCUGUGAAAGAUUAGCUCUUGAGCAAUUUAGCUGUUACCUAACAAGCAACAACCGACUAUCCUCCCACCAAAGUGGAAAUAAAAAACUUACUCGACAGAGACAUUAA